GAAAAACAGCUGAGAAAUUUUUAGGUUAUUGAAAUUGAAAGUUGCUAUUUUGUUUUUGUUUUCAACAGCCUUAUCUUUGUUAACUAAAAUUUGAAUUAUUUGAUAAUUAACUUGAUUUUUGAUAAUGUCUGAGUACGAAUAUGUUGAGAAAACACCUCUGAGGCUUAAGAGUGAUAGCGGAAUAAAAAAGAAGAAGAAAAAGAAUAAGAGUGAAAAGAAACUUCUGGAACAAGUCUCAAAAGUGGCAGAAGUAGCUGAAGAAGAAAAACAGACCAAACCAACUGAACAACUGAAACAGACGAAAGCUGAACUUGCAUUCCAGAAAAUGCAGGAGAAAAUGCAAAAGGAGCGCAUUCUGCAAAAAGCAUCGAUGACGCACAAACAGAGGGUCGAGGAGUUCAACCGCCAUCUUGAUAGUUUGACGGAGCAUUUCGACAUCCCCAAAGUCAGCUGGACAAAAUAGUUUUGGUAUUGUUUCUUUUUUUGCUAUUUUUGUCAUCAAAACUAUCAUUUUAUACUUCAAUACUGGUCUUGUCACCCAUAAACCAUUAUUUGAAGUCAUAUAUUCUUGAGAGACAAUUGCUGUAUCUCUACAGUAGACAUCAGUUUCAACUCAGUGAAUUGUGUUGGCUACUCUUGUCACUCUAAGUGCCAGUUGCACAAAAGCCGGUUAAAUUUUAACCGUGAUCAAUUCCACGAGAACCAAUCCACUACCUCCGUAAACAAAGCCGUAGUGCAUUCGUGUGACGUCAGCACAGGUGGGGCUCCUACACCAAUAAAAAUUCGUUGAUUCCAGCUGAUCUAUAUCAGCUAGUUUUUUAUUGGUGUAGGAGCCCUACCUGUGCUGACGUCACACGAAACAUAGUGCUUUGUUUAUGGAGGUAGUGACCAAUCACGGUUAAAAUUCAACCGGCUUUUGUGCAACCAGGCCUAAACCAUUUUUAAAGUGACAAUUCUUGACAAUUGCUGUAUCUCCACAGUAGACGUCAGUUUCAACUCAGUGAAUUGUGUCGACAAUAUUUUUAUUAAUGAAUUGUGUUAACAAUAAAUUGAUUCAUUAUUAAUGCAUGUCAUUGAUUAUUACCAAAUAACGUUGACAAUCGACAUACAGUUCACAAAAAUAAUUACACAUAACAUAAUUAAAACAUCAAAUAGGGUUACUCUUAAAUAUAAAGAGUAAUUAGAAAUCUAAGUUCCUUUUAAAAUUGUUCAAUUACGACAUGUUUCGGCUAUAUAAUGCCAUUAUCAAGCCUAUUAUUGAAAAGAAAAACUCACACCAAAUAAAGAAAAUUGAUUUGUUGAUCCAAAAACAAAAGAAAAUUACUAAUACAAACUACUACACUGAUAUCGAAAAAAUACUUGAUAAUGGCAUUAUAUAUUAUAUAAACAUGUCGUGAUUGAUCAAUUUUAAAAGGGAACUUAGAUUUCUAAUUUUUAUUUAUAAAUAAUUAAAACAAUAUGCAUAACUUUUUAUAAAUUGCUAUACAUUAAAUUACAUUCUUGUAAGUAAUAGUGAGUUAUUGUGUUGAAAUGUGAAGUGUAUUUAUUUCCUUGUGAAAUAUCUUCAAGAAUUAGAGUAAAAUUGAGAAAGUUACGAGUUCAAUAAUCGACAUUAGCUUACCUACUUUGAAGUACCGCUAUCUUAAAAAGUGAGGAGUAAUAAAUGUGAGGAGUGAGGAGUGUAUUAUCAAUUCAUCUAUGGAAUAACUAUCUUCAUAAAUAAGAAAUAAAUUUUCAAAAUGUUGAUGUGAAUUUCUUAUAGAUUUUUAGUGGAAUAAACUAACAUUUUCCAUAUAAAUCAAAAAUUUAUAGUCAAAAUAUGCUUAAACCCCUGAUUUGUAAGAGAGUAAUAUGAGUUGAGUAAUAUAGAAAAUAUGAAAUGCCAAGAGAGUCAGUCAAUUGAAUAAAUUAUUUCUAAGGGGUAAGUGUUCAUGAUCAAUAACUUAAUUAGUAUCUGAAAUAUAUAUUUCACUUUUGUUA